AUGAGUAAAAGCAAAUGCCCGGUGGGACUCAUGUCGUCCCUGGUGGCCCCGGCUAAGGAGCCCAACGCCGUGGGCCCGAGGGAGGUGGAGCUCGUGCUGCUGAAGGAGCAGAACGGGGUGCAGCUCACCAACUCCACCCUCGUCAGCCCGCCCCAGACCCUCGGGGACACCCAGGAGCGCGAGACCUGGGGCAAGAAAAUCGACUUUCUCCUCUCAGUCAUUGGCUUUGCGGUGGACCUGGCCAACGUCUGGCGGUUCCCCUACCUGUGCUACAAAAAUGGUGGUGGUGCCUUCCUGGUCCCCUACCUGCUCUUCAUGGUCAUUGCUGGGAUGCCACUUUUCUACAUGGAGCUGGCCCUCGGGCAGUUCAACCGGGAAGGGGCCGCCGGGGUCUGGAAGAUCUGCCCCAUACUGAAAGGCGUGGGCUUCACGGUCAUCCUCAUCUCGCUCUACGUCGGCUUCUUCUACAACGUCAUCAUCGCCUGGGCGCUGCACUACUUCUUCUCCUCCUUCACCAUGGAGCUGCCGUGGAUCCACUGCAACAACACCUGGAACAGCCCCAACUGCUCCGACGCCCACUCCGGCAACUCCAGCGACGGCCCAGGCCUCAACGACACCUUCGGGACCACACCCGCCGCUGAGUACUUUGAGCGAGGCGUGCUGCACCUGCACCAGAGCCGUGGCAUCGACGACCUGGGCCCUCCGCAGUGGCAGCUCACGGCCUGCCUGGUGCUGGUCAUCGUCCUGCUCUACUUCAGCCUCUGGAAGGGGGUGAAGACCUCAGGGAAGGUGGUGUGGAUCACAGCCACCAUGCCGUACGUGGUGCUGACUGCCCUGCUGCUGCGGGGGGUCACCCUGCCCGGAGCCAUCGACGGCAUCAGAGCGUACCUGAGCGUUGACUUCUACCGGCUCUGUGAGGCGUCCGUCUGGAUCGACGCCGCCACCCAGGUGUGCUUCUCGCUGGGCGUGGGGUUCGGGGUGCUCAUUGCCUUCUCCAGCUACAACAAGUUCACCAACGACUGCUACAGGGACACGCUUGUCACCAUCUCCAUCAAUUCCCUGACGAGCUUCUCCUCCGGCUUCGUGGUCUUCUCCUUCCUGGGGUACAUGGCCCAGAAGCACAGCGUGCCCAUCGCAGACGUGGCCAAGGACGGGCCGGGGCUGAUCUUCAUCAUCUACCCGGAGGCCAUCGCCACGCUGCCGCUGUCCUCGGCCUGGGCCGUGGUUUUCUUCAUCAUGCUGCUGACCCUGGGCAUCGACAGCGCCAUGGGCGGCAUGGAGUCGGUGAUCACCGGGCUCAUCGACGAGUUCCAGCUGCUGCACAGGCACCGCGAGCUCUUCACACUCUUCAUCGUCCUGGCCACCUUCCUCCUCUCCCUGUUCUGCGUCACCAACGGUGGCAUCUACGUCUUCACGCUGCUGGACCACUUCGCGGCCGGCACGUCCAUCCUCUUUGGGGUGCUCAUCGAAGCCAUCGGGGUGGCGUGGUUCUAUGGUGUCCGGCAGUUCAGCGACGACAUCAAGCAGAUGACGGGGCAGCGGCCCAGCCUGUACUGGCGGCUGUGCUGGAAGCUGGUCAGCCCCUGCUUCCUCCUGUUCGUGGUCGUGGUCAGCAUCGUGACCUUCAGUCCCCCCCACUACGGAGCCUACGUCUUCCCCACCUGGGCCAACGUGCUGGGCUGGGUCAUCGCCACGUCCUCCAUGGCGAUGGUGCCCCUUUACGCGGCCUACAAGUUCUGCAGCCUGCCCGGGUCCUUCCGAGAGAAGCUGGCCUACGCCAUCACGCCCGAGAAGGACCGGGAGCUGGUGGACAGAGGGGAGGUGCGCCAGUUCACGCUGCGCCACUGGCUGUUGGUGUAGCCUGGAGCGGGAGGAGGCGCCCAGGGGCAUCUCGCCACGGGAGAAGCUCGAGCAAAGAAGGGGCUGCGUUUCCAGAGCGAGCAUGGCUACUGGCUGCCUGCUCUCACCUCCGCUUCACUGAAAAAACAAACAAGGCGUGAGGCUUUUAUCUUCCGACUGUUUACACCCUUUCGUACCACCCGUGAUGCCUCGCUGUGUCCGUCCUGUUCCGUGUGUGCGAGGCCGCUCCCUCCCCAACUCUGUGGCCACACCGGGCACAGGCCUGGCUGUCACCUGUGUUCUGAGGAGGCCACGUCCUGUACAUACACUGUGCCGAGAACCCCUGUGCUCACAGUUGCUUCCUGCGUCAUUUAUUUUGCUCAUGUUAAAAAAGCCAAGUAUCCUAUUUUGUGCAGUUGUGCAGAAGGUGGAAUGGAAGAAACCACUAAUAUGUGCGAAGUCCCUUCCCGUCGCGUGGCUCCGUGGACCAGCGUGGGCUGCCUCCGUCCUGCCUGCGUGGGCUCUCCCGGUCGCUGUGGACACUCAGGCCGCAGAAGGAAGCGCGCUCCAAGCAGAGUGUGUCCCUUCCCCUGACACUCACGGCCGCCUGGGCAGACAGCCUGGAGACCGCCCUGCUCGGCCCAGAGCCGGCAAUUCGGGAAAGACCCCACCAGGAUUUCAUUUCUCUCAGAUGCACGUUGCAUCAAGCACGCUUUCUACGUUAGGGGAUGGCUUUUUAAAUCCUACCACCUGUGAGCCACACUGAAUCCAAGAUCGCAAGGUUGGCUUCUCCCGCCCGUGUGCUGACGCUGCAGUCUUGCCCACAAGGACUUUGAGCAACGCCACGCGGCAACCGUAGGUGAGAACCGCUGUCUGUGCACUCUUCCCUGCCCGGAGGGAAGACUGGGUGCGGCCUUUCGGAUCCGUGGCCCACAGCCCAGGGGCCAGUCUCCGCUGCCCUCGCAAGUGGCCGCGGCGGGUACAAGGGAUGGGAAUUCGACGUUGGCCUGUUGCUGCGAGGUCGUGUGCAGCUGCCGCUGAGCGAGGAGAGCUCACCACGUCCAUGUGACCCGUGGCAGGACAGCCAUCGCUGUCGCCGAGAGUGACUCGUGUAGA